AUGGCGGUGGUAGGUGACCCAUCUUCUCAAAGCCUUCUGGAGCCUCAUAGGUUAUUAGAGCAUCGGUUCAAGGCCAUUUCAUAUGACCAUCAGGUGCCUUCCAGGGGCAUCAUUGACUCUACGGAUAUUGAGCUACUGAACAGAGCUCUGCAUAAUGGUGCAUGGAAUAAGUUGUUUGGGAGCUCUAAAGUUUUUCACCUGUCGCGUGGUCACUCAGAUCGUGCCCUGUUGUUGAUUAGGUGUGGAGAUGUCAUCGCUACGGCCUCCUCUUUCCAAUUUUUGAAUGUGUGGAGGACCCACCCCGAGUUCUUGGCAAUCGUCCGGGAGGCCUGGCAGAUUUCGGGGGGUGCCACAGGCAUGAGGGGUUUUUUCUACAAGUCAUGUAAUACAAAAGCUAGGCUACGCAAGUGGAAUUGGGACUCCUUUGGUAACGUAUCCCAGAAAAUUAGGGAGGCCGAGGACAUUCUCCGUCAACGCGAAAUGGAAUAUGACGUUAACCGGGAGGAGGUAACGAAGGCUAGACGGGGGGAGGCUAGAGCGACUCACGCUCGUGCCCUGGCUGUUGAGUGUGAAUACUGGCGACAGAAAUCAGCAAUUAAAUGGAUUCAGGCGGGUGACGCAAAUACCAAGUUUUUUCACUCGGUGGUUAAACAAAGGCGGAGUAUGAAUUUUAUUACCCGAAUUAAGGAUGCAGCGGAGUACUGGAUUGAGGAUAUGGAGGGUAUAAAGGCCUCGGCUGUGAAUUUUUUUAGCACCUUAUUUUCCUCGAAUCGAGAAGAGAGGGUGGCCCCACAAUUGGAAUUUCCUGUCCCAAAAUUGAACCUGUUAGAAAACUUGGAGUUACACUCUAUGCCAUCCAUGGAGAAGUUGAGGGAUGUUGUUUUCUCUAUGUCAUCAGAGAGUGCACCUGGACUCGAUGGCUUUAGUGCAGGCUUUUAUCAAAGCUGCUGGUCGAUAAUUUGUGAGGAUCUGCUCAAUGCGGUACGGGAAUUUUUUGAAGGUGGGCAACAACCUCGGGGGUUUACGAGCACGUCGAUAGUUCUUAUCCCAAAAGUAAUGGGGGCUUCGCAGUGGAAAGAGUUGGUCUCCGUCUGGCAGACGAGGUUUGUGCCGGGCAGGAGGAUAGCGGACAAUAUUUUGUUGGCACAGGAGUUGGUUAUGGAUCUAGAUCGAAGGCUGAAACACCCGAAUCUGAUAUUGAAGUUGGAUAUGGAAAAGGCUUACGACAGGGUUGAAUGGAGUUUCCUUCUUUUCAUGCUCAGCCAGUUUGAUUUCGAUGAGGGGAACGUUGAUUUAAUUUUCAAUCUUUGUCGAACAGCUGGUCGGGGGUUGCAGUACCUAUUUCAGCGUGAAGAGAGUAGAUUUUAUGCUUCCAUCAGUAGUCGGGUUCCUUAUCUUGCGUUUGCUGAUGAUAUCCUGAUUUUUGGCAGAUGCUCUGAGGGCUGUCUGGAUGCACUCUCCGACUUAUUUAGUAGGUAUCAGGUGUCUUCCGGCCAACGGGUUAAUGUAGCCAAGAGUUCGUUGUUCAUCUCGAAUAGGGCUUCGGAGGAUCAGACGCGUUUGGUAAUGUCGAAGCUCCAAUUCCGACAGCAGGUCCUCCCGUUCACCUACCUAGGAUCGGCUAUUUCACUGGUGCUCGCGUCUGCUUUCCUCAGGAGGAAAGUUGAUCUUGUUACGUCAUGUGCUAUCCUCCAUGCCGAUGUAUUUGCUGCAGGUAAUGUGCCCUCCCAAAGCUGUGAUUCAAAAAUUGGAGAGGAUCUGGUCUUUGUCUGUAAGCUGUGGUGGAGAUUACGGAUGAGGGACUCCAUCUGGACAGAUUUUAUGCACUCUAAGUACAUAAAGGGGGAGCAUCCCAUGGUGGUUAAGCGGCCACCAUGGCAGUUCGUGAAGCUAAAUACGGAUGCGAAUGUCAGUCGUGGCCAGGGAGCGGGGGGAGGCUUGCUCCGUGAUCACGAGGGCAAGGUCAUUUUUGCUUUCCACAAGGAGUUCGGGGAGACGGAUGUCCUUACAACGGAGAGCCUGUCACUACUGCAUGGCCUCCAGUUGUGCUCUAUGGCGUUUAGGGGGAGGUUGCUGGUGGAAGUGGACUCACUCUCCCUGGUCUCUCUGGUUACCUCAAGGUGUUCCUCAAAAUGGCCACUAUGUAAUUUUGUACGACAGAUCCAGGAGAUGCUUAAAUCCUUAUCUGCUUCUAUUCAUCACAACUUUAGGGAAGCGAACAGUCCGGUCGAUAUGCUGACAGGGUCUAACUUGGGGGAGGACUGGACCACUACAUCCUUGGCCAACCUCCUAGGGGAAGUAAGGGCUGCGGUUGCACUAGAUUGUAGGGAAUUCUCAAAUGUACGGGUCCAGCGUGUUCGGGAAUAG